AUGCUGUCCACAUUAAUAUUUUUCCUACUUCUAUUGCUUAGGCAAACAUUUUCAGCAGUAAUAGAAACUCCCAAAGAACUUUCUCUUCAUAAACGAGAGACUGAAAUAUGUCAAACUGUCACGAAUGGUUGUCCAAAUCUCAAUUUCGAUUUCAAAUCAAAAUGUACCAAUACAUUGAAAUACGACUUAAAGAUACUGAAUGUAGAAUGGUUACAUGAAAAUCUAUAUCAAAUUACUAUUAACGUAAAAGGUGAAAAACAAAUCCCAUUAAAAUAUUUAUAUUCAUUAAAGAUCAUUGAAGUGGAUGGUCCUCAAGGAACAGUCCAAUUAUAUGGUAAAAAUGAAAAUACCUACCUCAUUGAUAAUCCAACUGAUUUUACGGCUACGUUUCAAAUUUAUGGUGGAUCUCCAAGGGACAGGUGUGAUAUCUGGCUACCAAAUUUCCAAAUUCAAUAUGAAUAUUUACAAGGUGAUGCUGCUCAAUAUGCAGAUACAUGGGAAUGGGGCACCACAGCAUUCGAUUUAAUUUCAGGUUGUAACAACUUCGAUAAUAUGGGGAACUCUCAAACUGAUUUCCCAGGAUAUUAUUGGAAAAUCAACUGUGAUGAUAGGUGUCACAUAUUGGUUAUUUCCACAACUAUUACCUCCUCUCCAACUUCAUCAAAGGUACCAGUGACAAGUACACGUAAUAUACAUUGGUCGUUCUCCUCAUCAAUUUUCAAACCUUACCCCAAUUCAACCUUUAUAUCCCAUUUGUCUUCUUCAACAACUCCAGUCAUUCACAGUACAUGGCUUUUAGCAUCUUCAACAACAGAAACUGAGCCAGCUUUGACAACUACCUCAGCAACAAGUACAGAUACCACUCUACAAUUUUCCACUACAACAAGUACCGUUACAUCAUUGGCAGCGGUUACCACAACUAGUCACUGUUUAUCUUCAACAUUACCUACUGGCUUUCUAUCAAUUUCGGACACUACUAGUCACUGGUCAUCUUCAACACUACCUACUGGCUUUCUAUCAAUUUCGAACACUACUAGUCACUGGUCAUCUUCAACACUACCUACUAGCUUUCUAUUGACGUCAAACACAACCAGUCACUGGUCAUCUUCAACACUGCCUACUGGCUUUCUAUUGACGUCGAACACAACCAGUCACCGGUCAUCUUCAACAUUACCUACUGGCUACCUAUUGACGUCGAACACAACUAGUGUUUCGAUUCCCAUCUUACCCUCAACAACUACCACUAUAAAUACCACUGCAAAUACAACUACAUAUUCAAUAACAAUCAACACAAUUCCAAAUACAUUUUCAAGUGCUACGAACAUAAUCUCAACUAUAUCACCAACCACUUCGCCAACGAGCACGUUUAAAUAUCAAACUAGAACAACAUCCACGUUAACCAUGACACAACCAACUUCCAAUGUGAUACCACCAGUUACUCCAAAUAGUAUCUCUGAAUAUCUUGGUAAAGGUAAUAUUCUUAAUAGUGGUAAGAUCACAUGGCUAAUAGAUGCUGCAUUUAUUUUUAUUUUUAACGUCAUUUAA